AUGAAUAUUGAUAGCAGUGAUCAAAUGUUUUAUAAUUUUCGUUUACGUAGAAUUGUGAAAGAAAAUCAUGGGAAAAACAUAAAUCAAAUAUCGCUUUUCUUUAAUUUGAACAAUUAUGAGGCACCAAUUGGUCCCGAGUAUAUAAAAAAAUAUAACAAACUUGGAUACGUUAUAAGGGAUGUAAAAGAUACUAGUAAUAUUUUGGCCACAGUUGCAGACAUUCAGGCAAGUAUAUAUGACAAUGAGCAUUGCGGUGAUCAUUUAGAUAUAAUGUCAAAUUUUGUAGCGGGUGAACAUAUAGAUCUAGAAACAAAUGAGUUAUUAACUUGUUGUUGGCUACACAGAAAAGAUGAUGCAAUCUUAGCAGUAGCAGGCACACUUGGUAAAAUAUAUUUAAUCAGCCUGGCAUUUUCUCUUACUUUUAAAACAUUAAAUGGACAUACAGGAGCAAUUACUGAUCUUCGAAAAUAUCCAAAUGAUGAUCAGCAUUUAAUGUCUGCCUCGAGGGAUAAUACUGUUCGAAUAUGGCAUGUUGAUAAUGGAACAUGUGAAAUUAGAAUAUGGUAUACACCAAAUCUGACAGAAACAUCAAACAAACCUAUACAUUUAUCUAAAAAAAACGUUUAUACAAAAUUUAAAAAAAUUCAUUCAACUCAAAUAGACAAUAAAAUAGAGCAUUGGGAUUAUGAGACAUUUAAAAUUAUAAAAACUUUUAACAUUAAAGAUAAUUGUUUUAAUAGAUGCAGAUUUGAUGUCAGUUUGGAUGGGAAGUAUAUGUGUGUUGGCACAAGUUAUGGUAGUGUAUUUAUUUAUAAUAUUACAAAAGGUAAACUGGUAACAGAAUUAAGCCAUAGAAGAUCUACAAAAGCUGUGAAAUGUUGUUUAUUCACAAGAGACUAUAAACAAAUAAUUGCAGCUGGGCAAGAGGGGUUUAUUUGCAGGUAUGAUUAUAUUAGUGAUAAGACUUUAGCUGAAUGGGAUGAAUGGGAAAAUACAUCAACCAACACUACUAGAUUAGCAAUUAACGAAGAUUUAAUAAAACUUGGAAUUUUUGUCUACGAUAAUAAAAACGAAAAAUUCGAUCAAAUCAAAGAAAAAUUGGAUUUUGACUUGGAAAUAAUUGGUUGUGAGUUUUUGAAAGGAGGCAUGAUUUUUCAAAUGCUUAGAACUGGAAAGUUCUUACAAAAUAUUAACGUUGUUUUAGUUGUUCCGAAUUGCAGUGAAUUAUUAGCCAAUAAAGAAAGGAGAAAUUCAAUGUUAACAGAAGAUGAUAGGAUCAAAACCGCUCUAAUUCCUGACAUGAUAAUUAAGUUAUUUAAAAGGGAUCUUGAAAUCAUAGUCGUAGAAUGCGGGAAAAAAGAUCCGAUUACAGGGAAGAGAAAAAAUUUGGAUGAUACAAAAAAACUAUCAAUUUUACUUUAUGAUAUGAUUAAUAAACUCCACGAAAUUUUAAAGGACGAAGGAAAAGGGGAAGAAAUUACGACUUUGGCUGUGUUCGGAAUCGUUACUUCUGGUAAAUGUUUUAUUUGCUUAAACAUUAAAACUAUAAGUUAA